GAACUGAACCCCAAAGAAAGGAUGUGAUGAAUAUUGCAUUAAAAACAUAUAUUUGAGUGAACUGAGACAUAAAAUAAAUGAAUGAUUUUUGAGAGGAAGAGGAAAGUGUUUGAAGUGCCUAAAGAGAGAAAUAUAGUAAAUAUAGUAAAAGCUCAGUGAAUAUUAGCUAAUAACAAUUACAGUUCUUAUAAUAAACACAUCCAUUAAAGUGAUCGGCUCAGACAACACCCAGUGCAGGAGUGAAGUGCGACGCAGGAGAGUGAUCGUCAAUGAGACAGUCGUGUGCCUCGUCACUCACCCUUCUCACUGUGUUCCCCAGACUUGACCAUGAAGGAGUCUCAGCACAGUGCCUUUGACAAUCCAGUCUUUGAACCUGAAGACGUCAUUCAAGGUUCUAACACUAGGAAGGAUGGCAGUCUUGAUGGGAAGUCUGACAAGGAGGGAAGCAUCCCUGCGGUGCCCGAGGAAUCACUGGAGCAUAAUCCUAAAGUAGCGCGGAUCAUCCUCAAGAACAUCAUUAUCAUCUCCAUCGCAUUCACCUUCCUCUUCACCGCCUACAACUCCAUGGCCAACCUGCAGUCUUCCAUCAACCAGACGGUCGGCACGGUGUCCCUGACUACAGUAUACGCAGCACUAGUGGUAUCCUGCUGCUUCCUGCCGUCACUGCUCAUCAAGACACUCAAGACUAAGUAUACGAUGGCAGUCUGCAUGCUGGGUUACUCUUCAUACAUCGCGGCCCAGUUCCAUCCGACACUGGCUACAAUGGUACCCACAGCCAUCUUGGUGGGGCUUGGCGCCGCCCCGAUGUGGUCGGCCAAGUGUUCUUACCUCACCCAGGUGGGGACCAAGUACGCGGAGCUGACGGGGCAGGACAAGGAGGUGGUUAUUACUCGAUACUUCGGUAUUUUCUUCCUCUUCUUCCAGUCGACUCAGGUGUGGGGCAACCUCAUCUCCUCCUCAGUGUUGUCAACGGAUACGGGGGUGUUAAACAAAACGGAUGAAGAGCUGGAGACAUGUGGAUACAAUUUCUGUCUCGCUACACAAAAUGCUACUAACGGCGAUGACGGGAUUCCUAACUGGCAGAGAUACACCAUGGCAAGCAUUUACCUAGUGUGUGCACUGCUGUCUUCAGUCAUCAUUGUAGUGUUCGUCGAUCCUCUCAGAAGGUUCGUGGGCAAGGAGAAGGAGACAGCUGCCACAGAGGGCAAAUCGUCGAUCCAGCUUCUGAUCGCCACCUUCAACCACAUGCGUCACCCGUACCAGCUGCUCAUCAUCCCCCUCACCAUCUGGUCGGGCGUGGAACAAGGCUUCUUCCAGUCUGACUUCACCGCCGCCUACGUGUCGUGCGGCCUCGGUGUGCACAUGGUGGGCUACGUGAUGAUCUGCUACGGCGUGUGUGACGCCCUCUGCUCCAUCUCCUUCAGCCCGCUGGUCAAACUGUUGGGUCGCGUCCCCGUCUUCAUCGUGGGCGCGGUCAUCAACUACGGGGUCAUCAUUACUCUCAUAAAGUGGCGCCCUCACCCUGACGACACAGCCAUAUUCUUCGUGCUGGCCGGACUGUGGGGCGUGUCGGAUGCUGUCUGGCAGACGCAGAUCAAUGCGUUCUACGGUGUGAUCUUCCCUGGCAAGGCCGAGGCUGCCUUCAGCAACUAUCGCCUUUGGGAGUCAGCUGGGUUCAUUAUCACCUUCGCCUGCAGCACCGUCCUCUGUAUCCAGUCCAAGAUCACCAUUGUGUUGGCGUUCCUCAGUGUCGGCAUGGUGGGCUACUUCAGCAUCGAGAUUAUCGAUAGGUUUGUGGGCAUCAAGAAAGACAGUGAUGGAGAGGCGGUGCCCAUCGACAGGCUCGUCACUGGAAAGUAUUAAGUUAUCUCCUUUGUCGUGACCAAUAAUCUCAGCCUGACAGCUCAGAUAUUUAGAGGAAGCGGAAAUAAACUGUACACUGAACGAAAGCUAAUUCCCACUUAGUCAGACUUGCUGUAUCUUUUAGGACCGUUGUAUUUCUAUGCCUUAACCAAUCACAAUCUUGAGCUUUUUACAAGUUCUAGAGCAGAAGAAUGAGAAACUAAAUUAAUAUGAAAAAAAUAAAGGGCUGGGUGGGGAACAGUUCGGAAGUAUUUUGUUCGCCGAAGGUCCGCUUCGUGUAGCAGAAUGUGAAUUGUACUCAAUGUGAAAGAAUAUGUGUUACAAACUAUCGAUAUCCAUGAAUAGCUAAAUCGUUUAUGAUCACAGUUUAUUUUUAUAAAAUUAUCAAAACCAAAAAGUUUUGACGAAUUUUGGAAAAUGUUAAGUAACUAACAUCACUUCAUACACUACCAAUAGGUAUUAGAGGUGUGGGUGAUGUGUGUCCCUGUGGUGUUGGUUCACUUGGGGAGCAACGUUCUUUGAGAAGUGCAUUGGGUUCCCGACAGUCAGUGUGAAACCUAUUCAGAUUAAUUAAUUCACCCUCAAGAACUUUUAAGAAUAUUGUUGACGCUGAAAUCUUCAAAUAUAGUUUGUUGCUUCCAAACCUUAGGGUUCAGUUCACAAUACCAAGAGUGAUCAUUGUUUUCGUAGCUGCAAUAAGCGGUUUCUUUUAUUUUUCUUUUUGUUCAUCUCUAAAUACAUUGAAGAGUCCUAUAUGUAUUGUUGCUUAGGAUUUCAUUCCUUAUAGAGAAUAUUAUGAUGACGAUAACGAUGAUGAUGAUGAUGA